UGUUAAAGGGAUUAGUCAAUAUCAGUGGAAUGGAGGACUUGUGUACGAGUGAAUAACAGAAUAACAUGGUGAUGAGUGGGGAGAGGUUAACACACACUGAUGUGGGACGUGCGUGACUCCAGCGGACACUCUUCUGCUCACAGCUACAGUGCUCAUGAAGUUCAGCCCUUAUCGUCGCCUAUCAUUUUGUCUGAUCAUUUAUUAUCAUAGAAAUGUCAUUCCGUCUGGAGAUGUAACCUUGUGAAAGCGAUUUUGUGGGUAAUUUGUAGUUAAGUUCGCCGGAUGCAUUGGACACCUGCCCUACGUUCUGUAGAUACCUUAAUUUUGUUGAUGGAGAGGAUUUCGAAUGACAGCCGGCACAGUGGUCAUCACAGGUGGAAUUCUGGCUGCCAUUAUCUUGCUAACAAUUGUCACAGUUCUGUGUUACUGUAGGCUGCAGUAUUACUGCUGUAAAAGAGACGAGUCAGAAGAGGGGGAGGAGGAGGCUGACGUGGCCAAGGCAUCGCCAAAUCCACCGCGCCAACUGAGUCCACCGGAGAGUCCACUGAAUCUUCAACAUUUCCCUGAAUACGCAUCCUCCAAUCAGCUGCUGAUGACGGCGGAGCCCUUGGAGCACAACGGACCAGUAAGCUAUCCUCAAUACUUCCCUCGUGCGCCCUACAGACCACCCCGCUCGUACACUUUUUGCCCAUCCUGCUCGGGGUAUCUGCCGCUCCACAUGAGCCCACAGGAAGGGCUGCCUAAUGGAGGUGGCAGGAUCAGCUACAGGACUCUGCAGCAGGAGGAGUUAGACCUGCCAAUGGAGGCGCCCAGCUUCCACAAACUCAACCUUGUCCGCUCUGUCACCAUGCAAGAAGUGCUGACUCAUCACAGCAUCAGCACGGAUGUGUAGCACCUCAUAUUCACCUGAAGCAUUGUGUUAUUCAUAUGUAUUGUGCUGCUUUGCUGUACCCGGUUGUUCAAUUCAUUGUAUCCAAUAGAUAAAAUUGAUGUAUGUAUGUAUUUAUUUAUCUAUCAGACGGAUGGUCUGCGUGAUUUUGCCAAGUAAGACAUGUUCCUAGAUCAACAUCUUUUGUUGAUCCUGGAUCAACAUUACUUUCCAAAAAUACAGACUUAACCCAAUCCCUACCCCUAAACCUAACCU